AGUAAUGGAAGUGUAAAUGAAUUUUCUAGUUCUCGUUAAGUAUGCUUAAGCAUACGUAAACGUAGCCAAUGAAUUUGAAACAUUGUAAUAUAUUUUUAAUGCAUUUCAUGGAGAUUGAAGCUAUAUGUCAUAUUUUUUUAGAUCUAAGGUACAAUAGAUAUAAUUCCUGAAAUCAAGAAUUUUAAGAAUAACUUGAUUACUUCACAUGAAUACAUAAUCAUUCAUAUGUUAGAUGGAUUUUAAAGAACUGUUAGAUGUUGCUGAUUAUAAUAGAGAAGAGGCAAAACAUGAGACCUCUGUCAAAAGAUACAGUACUCUUCUGCCUCCACCAAAAAAGGUUCCCAAGUCUGGAGUUCAGUCUGAUAAUAUUAGAAGGUUUUUGGAAAAGAAAAAAGCAGAAGAAGAGGCCAAAGCUGCUGAAGCACAGAAACAAAAGGAACAGCUACUAGCACUUAGAGCACAAAAUUCAAAAAACAGUAAAAAGGCCAAAAUCAUGGCAUCACGUACUAAAGAUAAUGAUUUUAGUAAGAUAAAAUUAACUGAAGAUGAAAUUGAAGCCAAAAAGAAGAGAGAAGCCGAGCUUCAAAGGCAGCAUUUGGCAAAUAAAGUGGAGCGUAUGAAAGCUCGUAUUGAAAUGGAAGAAAGAGAAAAAUUGAUGCCAAGGAAAAGAAAACGGAAAUCUAAAAACCCUGAGGUAACUGAGGUAGAUGAGGACCCAUGUUUAGAUGAAAAAUAUCAAAAUGGACAUAGAGAUUCAUCUGAAUCCACUUUAAAAUAUCAUGAUAGAAUUUCAUCUAAUAAAUUCAGCUCUGAAAAAAAUAAUGCAGUUAAAAGACUUUCAAGACCUCCUGCUCCUGCUAUGAGUUUUGCUGAUUUGUUAAAAGUUGCUGAAAAGAAGCAAUACGAACCUAUUGAAAUACCAGUGAAGAAAAAAGAAGAAGAACGGCUUAUGACAAAAAAGGAACGGAAACUUAUGGAACUUGAAUUAGCAAAACAAAAAAGAAGGCAGGAAAUGUUAAAUAAGGGCAUACAACCUACAAUAUAUGGUAAUAGUCAGCAGUCAUCUGUUACACCUAAAAAUAACUCAUCUGGAAAAGGUAGCACAAAGAGUCCAGUUGUGAUACAUAUUGAAAAGGAUCCAGGUUCAAAAUCAUUACCUGAACCACCAAAAUUUAAAAAUCCUAAAAGUGUUAAGGAGGCUCAAAGUAUGAAACAUAUUUCAAAUACAAAACCAGUUAAUCAAAAUAUAAAUAAAAUCCAAUCAUCUAUGAAAACAAAUUCUGCUGUAUCACACGAGAAAAAUCACAAAGUAUCAGUUUCACAAAAAGCAUCAUCAACUAUAGUAUCAAACUCUCAGAAGAUACUUUCAAAUUCAAUACCAAAUGUACAGAAAACAUCAUCUAAUACAGUAGCAAAUUUACAGAAGAGUCCGUCAAAUGUGAUAAACUCCCAAAAGUCAACAUCAAAGCAGUAUAGUCAAUCUCCUGUACGAGAAAAGAAUAUAGAUAUUAAAAAGAAAAUUAUACUUCAGAAGAAGAACAGCACAAAAAUAGCUCCUAUUUCUUCUUCACCUGUAAAACAAACUGUGCCAGUGCCAACAAUUGAUACAGAUGCUAUUGCAAAAGGUAUUGAACAAAGGUUGCGAGAACAAUUAGAACAGAAGAUAAAAAAAGAAUUGGAAGAAAAAUUUGCUGCUCAAUUUGGUUUAAAUGUAAAUAAAGACAUCUCAGAGAAUCAACCUGUAAAGAAUAUGGUGAGUGAUAAGAAAGCAUCUGAAAAAUGCAAGCCUUCAAAUGAGUCUAAAAAGAUACAGAUGCCUGUAAAUGGUAAAACUGUUCCAAAAGUGCAAACUAAUAGGCCUUUAGCAUCUAAAGCAGGAAUGGAAACGAGCAGCAUGAAGCAAAAGGCUUCGUCUCAAAAAGGUCUUGAAAAGAAACCGUUUCAUAAAAAUCCAUAUUUGGAUCCACCAAGAAGGUUGUUAGAGCCUCAGAGACCUCCAAAGCCUCCACCGAAGAGAAGAAUUGAAAGUGAUGAUGAAGAUGAUGAUGAUGAUAUGAGUGAUUUCAUAGAUGAUGGGCCUUCCCAAAAUGAUGAAAAUUAUUCUGAAUACAUAAAAGAGAUAUUUGGCUAUGAUCGCAAUAGGUACAUUGAUGAUGAUGAUGAAGAUAUCCCAGAGAGCAGCUUUGCUGAACAGAUGAAAGAAGAAGUUAGAAGUGCGAAACUUGGUUAUCUUGAAGAUCUAGAAGAAGAACGAAAGCUGCAAGAAAUGGAAAGGAGGAAGAAGAAAAAGUUAAAAAAAUAACCCUAGUGAAAAUUUUGCACAUUCUUAUUCCUAUGGAAUAUGAGACUAUUCAUUUAUAUAUGAAUAUAUAUUUUAUAAUUUUGCAAUUUUUGUGAUCAUCUCUCUGUUGAAGUUUGCUUUCAUUGUGGUAUUUUGAAACACCACAAUUCAAGUUUAUUUUUUAAAUUAUUACCUAGAGAAUUAUUUGUGUAUUACUUUUGUAUCCCAAUUGUUCAUGAAGGUGACAUCGAAAAUUCUUUGUGCAUCACUUCUGUGGCCCAAUUAUUCAUGACAAGAAGACUAUUCCAUUUUGUAUAUAUUUGUGCAUAAAUAUAAAUAUAUAUAUAUAAAUAAAUAAUAUAUUUAUCAAAUUAUUUUCUAUUCUCCAAUAACAUCUCAUUCAGCAUCUGUGACCAGUAAAAGACCAUACGGCAUCAUAUGACCAUAUAAGAAUGUGUUAUCCAUGUAUUCAGUUUAUUUUUUAAGGGAUUUUUAGGAUAAGUUGCAUUUAACAAAUUUUGUUGUUUGAAUCUGUAGGUGAAUCUUUUAUUAUUCAUUUUUGAAAAGUAUUUUGCACUUUUACUGAAAUAUUUUCUAGAGCUUUUAGAAAAGUCACAUUAAAAUUUUUUUUUUCUAUUUUUUAAUUGCAAAAUGAGAGAAUACAAUUUCUUCAUUUUAAAUGCAAGCUUUCAAAAUUUAUAUGCUAUUACAUAAGAUUCAUUUGCUAGCAUGUAAGAUCUAAAAUGAUGAAUAAAAUGCUAAAUAAUAAGAAUCCUAGAGGAAGAACGAAAUGCUAAAUAAUAUAAGAUCUUAGAUAAAGAAUAAAAUGCUAAGAAAAAUUUCUUCAGUGUCAAGCAACCAAAACUUUUUGUGAUUUUGCCAUGAAUUUGUAUUGUUGGUUUGAAAAAAAAAAAAAAAAAAAAAAAAAAAAGAUUUGAGAAACAUAAAUUUUGAUGGCUUUUGACCAAAAAAGAAAUAAUAAUAAAAUAUAUGAUGUUCAGUGUGAUUGAAAUUAGUAUUAAAUGAAAUCCAUUCGAGCUAAUGGCUGUUUUAAGAAAUUAACUGUUUUUGAAUUACUUGGUUUCUACCAAAUGUUAAUUCUUCUUAAUGAAACAUAUCUUGGUGCUACUUGGCCAUGUAUUUUUAUGUGUUUAUGAGGUAUAUUUAUUAUCAUGUGAUCAGUUAUUUCAGAGUGCUUUUUUAUGUUAUUGUAAAUGUGUAGUUUUUUUUUUGUGUGUGUGUGUAAUUCUGUCUCUGAAAUGCAAAUAAGACUUAUUUUUUCAUGAUUGUAAUGUCGCAAGAUAGAUUAGUUCUUUCUUUUGUCUUUUAGUUUAAAUGUUGACUAAAUGAACAUCCCUUAAUGAAAAAUUCUAAUAAUUCAUAUAUAUUUAAUUGAUAUCACCUAUAAUAUGUGUUCAGUUUUAAAUUUAAAUGAACAAAAUUUUGAAAUUCAGCAGGUUUAAUUUAACGACAGCUUUUCUCGUAUGUACAUACAAAAUGAUUUAAAAAAAAUAUACUGUGGUUGUAACAUAUUUUGAUUGAAGAGGUGAUUUUGUUGAGUUUAUUUAUCAUUUUUAAUGCCUGCAUAAGUGCUUUUUUUAAAUAUAUGUAUAUAUAAUAAAUGCAGAUUAUUAAACAGCAGAUUUGUUGCUAAAACUGCAACUUAAA